AGAGGAAGGGGAAGUUUACACCAGCCACAGGAAUGCACGACACUUUGCUCGGUACUGUAAUCAUAAUUGUAUCUCGUGAUUGUAGAUUUUUUAUUCUAGAUUUAGACACUAUUAAAUCGAAAGGACUAUGGAUUUUUUAACUACCUUCUGUCUGGGGAUAUUAUUUAUCCUUUAUACAGUGUACAGUGAAAAACAUCCGGUGCUUAAAGAAUAUGAGGUCGGCAAGGACUUGUUUUUGUACUGCACAGUCGAGAAAAUUGAAGAGGCAAUGUGGAAGAAUGAAAAACAAGUCAUAACAAUUGGUGAACGUGUUUUUGGUGGUGAUAAAAGAAUCUCAAUCGUCCCUAAGGGGUCAACUGGAUAUCAACUGAAAAUAAAGGGAAUGAAAUCAGAAGACGAAGGAAAUUACACAUGUAAACACAAAUCUAAGGCUGAUAUAUAUCAACAAUAUGCAAUAAAGCGCAAGGUCAAAGUAUCAAUUGCAAACAACACGUUCAGUGGAUCUGUUGUUCGUGUCAUGGAGAAUGAGACUGUCAUUCUUUGGUGUAAUGCGUCUGGAUAUCCGGAACCCAGCGUCUCCUGGUAUGUUAUUGACACAGAUAAUUUGCAAGGCGAGAAAAUAACAGCAUUGGGAAUAAACGGAAACAUGCUUGGAAUUCAAAAUGUGUCUCGUGACUGUGCCACAACAUUUCAAUGUCAAGCAGUCAACAGUUACCUGACAGAUAUAAUAGCUAAACGAACCAUCAAGCUGGUCGUCAAUUUUUUUCCUGAAAUUUCUGCAAAUGGCUUCAUUAACGACAAGAAAAUUUCAAGGCAAAUUCUUCAUGGAAAAAUGUCCGAUAAAGUUAAAUUAACAUGCGCUGUAUUUUCAAGUUCACCUCUGAAUGUAACAUGGUUAAGAGAUGAUGAAGAAAUUGGAUGGUAUUCAAGUCUAACCGGCGAGGAUAAGAACAAAUUGACCCACUUAAAUCCUUAUUCAUUAAAAUCAAAUACCGCCCAAAUCGAGAAAAGGAUCAUCGAAGUCGUUCUUACAUUCCAGUUGGACACUGGCACUUUUUCCAUCUACAAUUGUAAAGCGGAAAAUGAAGUAGGAUCUAAUAUAAAGACUAUUGAUAUUAGGAGGAUUGGUACACGCUGAUCUUUCUGUGUCAAACCACUACGAAGAAUUAAAAAGGGACUAACUAAAAACUUGGAAUGAGGGGGAUUAAUCUUACCGGUGAACACGUAUUCCUUGUUAUAACAAUUAAUGUACAGCAGAGAGUGAAAAAGGGAUUUUGUUACAAAUUUUGAAGCUACAUUGUAUAUUGCAUUGAAUUUUACCCCAAUGUGCAGCGGAGGAUGAAUCAAGAUCGAAAUGGUAAACGCUAAUGUCUAUGUCACUGUAC